UCGAUCAGCAAGAGAUCUCACUGAAGCAAAUGGCGGUCAAGUCUCUGCUUCUUCUCGGUGUCGUCCUGGCCUCUCUCCUGCUCUUCUUCCACGAUGUGGCAUAUGCUAGGGAGCUCCCUGAAGCCAAUGAGUCGGACGGGAAGAAUGUGAAGCCUGCAGGUGGGCCUGGACUCAAGGAUGAGAAGUGGGGAGGUAGAUUCAAGCACAGUGGAGGAUAUGGAAGCAACGGUGGAUACGGUGGAGGAUAUGGAAAUGACGGUGGAUACGGCGGAGGAUACAAUCCGCCCGGCUAUGGUGGUGGCUAUGGGCCUGGAUAUGGCGAAGGCUACGGUCCUGGAUCAGGUGGAGGAUACAAGCACCAUGGCCAUGGUGGUGGCUAUGGGCCUGGAUAUGGUGGAGGCUAUGGACCCAGCUACGGUGGCAGGUAUGGUAGCCCUGUAUACGGUGGUGGUCACGGUCAUCCUGGGUAUGGAGGUGGUCAGCCUGGGUAUGGUGGUGGCAACGGUGGAGGAUACGGUAGUGGCGGUGGGUACGGUGGUGGUGGGAGUUACGGAGGAGGAUACGGCAGUGGUAGUUCUCCUGGGGGCGGAUAUUCUGGCGGUGGAGAUGGUUGAUGGAAAUAAGUAGCACAGCUACAUGUGUUGUUUGGCUAUGCAUGUCAAAUAAAGCCAUGCAUGGAGAUGUGUUUGAAUAUUUUAUGUAAGGAAUAUCUUGUUCUUGUGCUGUAAGACAUGGACUGUUGGCUUGAAUGAAGUAUUAGCUGUGUUGUUUGGCUAUGCAUGUCAA